CGGUGAUUGGCCGGGCGCGGCGGCGCGCGGUGACGCGCGCGGCGGCGGUGCGGGUCCCGAUUGCUGCAGCCGCUUGUCAGUGUGACGAAGAUUGGCACCCGAGGUUUCUGUCUUCCACCUUGUACAUAAGUGGGAUCUCUGUGCUGGAACAAGAAAAUGUCUUCAACUCAUUGAAGGAAAGGGACUAUUUGUUCACACUUAUGAUGAUUUGACACAAUUAAUGUCUCACUAACCAUGAUGGCAACACAGACAUUAAGUAUAGACAACUAUCAAGAUGGACAACAGAUGCAAGUGGUAACAGAGUUAAAAACUGAACAAGAUCCCAACUGCUCUGAAACUGAUGCCGAAGGGGUGAGUCCUGCCCCUGUAGAAUCUCAGACUCCAAUGGAUGCAGACAAGCAGGCCAUUUACAGGCACCCACUAUUUCCCUUGUUAGCACUAUUAUUUGAAAAAUGUGAACAAUCUACACAAGGCUCAGAAGGCACAACUUCUGCCAGUUUUGAUGUAGAUAUUGAAAACUUCGUGAGGAAGCAGGAGAAGGAAGGAAAACCCUUUUUCUGUGAAGAUCCAGAAACUGAUACUUUGAUGGUAAAAGCAAUCCAAGUUCUUCGAAUCCAUCUGCUGGAGCUGGAAAAGGUCAAUGAACUCUGCAAGGAUUUCUGCAGUCGUUACAUUGCCUGCCUGAAGACAAAAAUGAAUAGUGAAACUCUAUUAAGUGGAGAGCCUGGAAGUCCUUACUCACCUGUGCAAUCUCAGCAAAUUCCAAGUGCCAUUGCAGGCACACUCAGUCCCCAAGGGAUCGUGGUGCCAGCAUCAGCAUUGCAGCAGGGAAAUGUAACUAUGGCAACAGUAGCAGGGGGGACAGUGUAUCAGCCAGUCACUGUGGUCACUCCACAAGGACAGGUGGUGACACAGGCACUGUCACCUGGCACUAUUCGCAUCCAGAACUCUCAGCUCCAGUUGCAAUUAAACCAAGAUCUAGGCAUCUUGCAUCAAGAUGAUGGCUCAUCAAAAAACAAGAGAGGAGUUCUUCCCAAGCACGCUACAAAUGUGAUGAGAUCUUGGCUUUUUCAGCACAUAGGGCAUCCAUAUCCAACAGAGGAUGAGAAGAAGCAGAUUGCAGCACAAACAAAUCUGACACUACUCCAGGUUAACAAUUGGUUUAUCAAUGCUAGAAGGCGAAUUCUUCAGCCAAUGCUGGAUUCCAGUUGUUCUGAAACUCCAAAAACAAAGAAGAAAACAGCCCAGAACCGACCAGUGCAGAGGUUCUGGCCUGACUCCAUUGCCUCAGGAGUUGCUCAGCAGCAAUCGAACGAGCUCACGAUGUCAGAUGGUGCUGUCGUGACCAUCACAGCCCCAGUGAACAUGAACGUGGACAGUCUGCAGUCCCUGUCCUCGGACGGCGCCACGCUGGCGGUGCAGCAGGUGAUGAUGGGCGGGCAGAGCGAGGACGAGUCCGUGGACAGCGGCGACGACGACGGCGGCGACCUCUCGACAGCCAACAUCGGCGGGCUGGUCCUGGACAACAGCGACUCUCUGCAGUAGGAACCAGAGAGCCUGGAGGAAAAAAACACUUAGGAAAAAGAAUGGACUGACUGACUGACUUUUUAUAGUUUGCACAGCAAACAUUUUACACAAGUUUUAUUUCUAAUAUGUUUUAUAUGUAGAUAUAGAAGGGUGCACUUUUUUGUAUUUCAUAGUAAGCUUAAAGAGUGUUUUUGCAGGUGCAGCAACUUCUUUCAAAUGUGUUUUGGUUUGGUUUUUUUUUUGGUUUUUUUGUUUAUUUUCCUUUCCUUAUUUCAGAAAAUUAUAUCUAGUAAUAUAAAGAACCACGUAAGCACCCCUUCGUUCUCUGAAUUGGAAGUGCUGCAGUUUCUGAUGAAUUAUGCAGUUUCAAUUAGUGCUGUUAUUUAACACAGCUUUUGAUGGGCAGGUGAUGUAAAUUUAAAGCAUGUGACACUAGUGUGUGAAACUUGAUUAUUGAGUUAGAUGCAUAUAUUUGAAAGAUGCUUCUGCACCUUAAAAACUGCUAGUCUGAGGUGGACAGCAACACACAUAAAAAGGAACUGUUGAUGUGUGAUUCAGUAGAGAAUGUAUGGCAAUUUAAAUAAGUUUAGUUUCUCUCAUAGUCCGUGAGCCUGUUUAUCAUUUGCUAUAAAAACUCCUAUUUUUACCUUGCUGGGGUUAUUGGAUAAAAAAAAAAUAUUUUUAUAAAUUCACUAGAAAUUGGGAUGACAACUGUAUUAAGCAGGAGAAAAAAAAAAUAAUUUCCAGAGGGGAAAAAUAAAUGUUUAGUAUUCCUAUUUGGAAGGUCUGAAAAUUGACCCAAUUUAAUAAACAAGCCUACA